CCACCCCACCCCACCCCGGCCGUCCGCCCCCGCCUUCCCCCGCGCUUUACCCCUCCCCCGUUCCUACCACCUCAAGAUCCGAUCCAUCUCCAGUGUGAUCCCCCGGCUCCUCCUCGUGACCCCCGACGACGACGACAACGGAGGCCAGCUCAGUGGCUCGCUCGCUCGCUCGCUUUCUCUCCCCCAAAUCACAGCUUUCUACCAUUACCGGCCAGACCGAGCCGCAGGGCACUGCUACGAGUAGAACCGUAGAAGUAGAAACUCACCACCGGCCACCCACCUACUACUAACCGAUAGAUAUAGAUAGGCAGAGGCGGGGUAUAGGAAACGGGAGAGAGCAGCAGCAGCGUAGUAGUAGUACUACUGCGACCACCACCACCACUACCGCCGUGCUGCAGGUCUCUAUCUACCCAGUGUCCACCUGCGGCUCUCCUUCGCCCCGCUCCCUCCCUCCCCGCGCUCCACUCUCUCUCGACUCGUCGUCGCUCCCUUUCUCGCCAGGUGAGGCAGCCGCAGAUCUGCUGCUGUUGAUCCCCGGCUCGGAUCUUGAUGAUUUGGGGGCUCUUCUUCAAGUGAUUGCUGUCACUUCUCUGGCCUACCUCUACCUGGAUAUUGGAUUCAAUCAGGUGGUAAUUUCUCCUGUUGCUCAUACACGAGACUGAAAAGGCGUGCAUGUUAUGUUAAACCGUCACAAAGAUGGCGACAAAAGGACAGCUUGUUAGAGAAAGGAAUGUGAAGAUCACAUCAAGCCGUGAAGGUCGUCAGAGGGGUAAUUCACAGUCAGAACAAUUAGUGCAAGUUCCAAAGCAAAAGGACUCGGCAGCCAGUGGAAACAUUGAUGGAAAAUUUGAAGAUAGAAUCAGAGUUGUGAAGAAUGACAAGAUUCGUAGGCAGCGAGAACCUCGAAAUGCAGAAGGGAAGAGCUCAAAACCAUGGCCUGCACGAAAAGCAACUACUGUUGAUGAACUUGUCAAGCAUAUGUCCAAAGUUCCUUCGUAUUUACAGCGCAAAGAGAUGGCUGACCAUCUUCAGGACAAGGCGCUGAAUGUUGGGGUUCUUGAGUGGGGCCUUCUCGCAAGGUGGUCUCACGAACAAAAACAUGAGCCCUAUAGCAGCCAUGGAGCCUCUUCAUCUGAUACCAGCAGAUCUGUUCUAUUCUCUUCUCCAUCUCAUUCUUCUGCAAGCCCCAGCAGCAAGUCUCUUGAUAGCAAUCAAUCUCCACUGAAUGACCAGCAGCACUGUUUUAUGAAGUCUCAGCAAAGCAGUCCUGUGGACAAACACCAUGAGAAGGCCAAUCCACCUAGCCCAAAUUCUGCAGUGUUGAGCUUGUUGCCAGGGCAUGGCAAGUGUAUUCGUGCAGAGAACAAUGGUGGCUUAAAUCUCAGCGAGUUUUCUCCCCCAGCAGACUCUCUGAUUGCUGCCUCUGGGAGUUGCACGCCGCAUGAUAUGGUUGAUGAUGAAGAUGCUACAAGGAAGCUAGAGGAGGCUGUUCAUCACUGUUCGCGCAGGCUUUUUACAGAUGAUGAUAACACCAGGAGAAGUUUCUUCACACCCAAUGACGAUGAUUCCAUGUGUGUCAACCCUCUGCAGAGCAAUGGCAUCAGUGGUCUAGUACCUAGUGCUGUGAUGGAAGCAGAAAGAAAUGGCAGUAGGUCACCUGUCGGUUUCUUGGAGGAUAUUGGCCAAUCCCCUGAACUUACUCGUAUUCCAUACUCAUGUCCACUCCCCCUCAUGGAUUCCACUGAAGAGCUUGGCGCCAGUAGCUCUGCAACUAGAGAUGCUUUUGUUAGUGCAGCUGUAACAAGAGGUGAACAUGGUAACAGACACAAAUCUCCUGUUAGUGUCUGCAAGAAACCUCUCCUGAUUAGCUCAAAGUUCACUGAUAUGGAUGUGCUGCCUGAUCGUCAUCUUGUUUCUGGGCUGAAUGGAAUGGGCAGAUGCUCUAGCCUGAAGGAAGCACCAUCUCCCCGACAACCUGACACCUCUGUGGAUAAGAUUAAUGAGGACAAGCGAUCAAACAGCAGAGGUAGACGCAGCCCAUUGAGGAGGAUGUUAGAUCCUCUAUUAAAGCCUAGGCAACCAUCCACUUCUGUUGCACCAAUUCAAGCUUCAUUUGUUCCAAAGUGUCAUCUGUCAAGCAGUAUUAAUAAGCAAUCGAUUAACUUGGAAGGCUCUGGAUCACAAAAUGUGCAGCGUAGGUCAGUUGAUGCAGUAGUCAAUUCAAAUAACCAUGCUGAAGCAAACAUAAAUCAGCCUCCUCGUGUGCUGUUGAACAGUGAGAGGUACCUCAACCAAGAAAGGGAUUCAACAAGAACAAGGCAAGCGCUUCUGCAGCUAGCAUGGAAAAACGGCUUACCUUUAUUCAUGCUUUCUUACGGUGAUUCUGAUAUCCUGGCGGCCACUGUGAGAAGGAAAGGAACCUCUGAUAAGGAUGAUCUGGAAAGUGCAUAUACUUUAUUCACUGUUGAAGAGCCCAAGAAAAAAAGUGGAGCUUGGAUCACAGCAGGUAAUAAGAACAAGAAGCAUCAACUGGUAUCCAGUAUUGUUGGGGAAAUGAGGAUCUCACGACGAAAAUCAAGAUGCUGCCACGCAAACGAUUUUCAUGUGCACAGGGAAUUUGUGCUGGUUGGUUCUGAACUGCUACCAACACCUGAGGAACCUGGCGAUUCACACAUUAGCAGAGAAAUUGGGGCUUUUAUCAGCGCAGUUCCUCAAACAGCAGAAACUCCUCAUCAAUCAUCUUCACAGAAUUCUGGCCGAGGUAGUUCAGCACCAAUUGGCUGCUCUUGCCCUCCUCUGGGAAACAUCUACGGUAACAUGACAAAUGCUAGUUCAGCUCCAGCCAGUGUUAUUGCCAUACUACCGAACGGCUUCCACGGCGCAUCAACUUCUGGACAGCCUUUACCUCUGAUGGAGAGGUGGAGAGCCAGAGGAUCAUGUGACUGUGGUGGGUGGGAUGAAGGUUGCACGCUGAGUGUCCUCACCGACAACACCCAAGGAAACCAAGGAUGCAAGUCUAAUCAGGUGAACCAAACGCAGGAUGGCAGUCAUCGAUUCGACUUGCUCUCUCAGGGUCGAUCACGGGAGGAUCGGCAUGCCUUCAGCAUGGUUUCGUUUAAAGAAGGGUUAUACGCAGUCGAAUUCAGAUCAUCCAUUGCUCUACUUCAGGCCUUCGCAAUGUGUAUAGUGAUGCUUCACGGGAGGAGCCCUGUGAGGACGCAGGCCGAUUUGCCAGCCUCGCAAGACGAUGCAGUCUUUGCCGAUCAUAAGCUGAAGGCUAUGGCAGCAGCCGGCCAAGGUAGAGCUCCGGCCAGCUAUGUGCCGCGUCAGCCACCUCUAUCUCCCGUAGGGCGAGCCUAGCCAACAAGCUUGCCGCCAUAAAAAUGAUGUGUUCCUUUUCAUUUUUCUCUUGUAAUUUGAGCAGUGCUGCUGGACCAAUAUAUGAUGGUCCUUGUGCGAUUCUCACACAUGGCAAGUGAUGAAUCUUAUGGAACUGGCUUUAGGCAUAAGCUAUAGCUAGCUGUACAUGUAAAUGUGACUGUGAUGCUGCUGCAAGGCUCAUCUCAGUGCUUAUUUACCCCUUUCAUGUGCUCUCUUCUGAGUGACUGACAGUCAAUCCCAUGCAGUAAUGGUAUGCUUAUUUACUACUAAUAGUGAUCUAAGAGCAACUCCAACGGGCCGACCCAAACGGACGGUGUUUUUGUUCGUUCGGAUCAGCCUGCCGCCUGCUCUCUUUUAGAUUUGGAUUGGCAGUGCGCCCAACGGGCCGACCCAUUUCAUGACCGCGCGCGCUUUACAUCAUGCCAGCGGCCAUGCCGUCGCCCUGGCUUUGGCGCUCCAGCGCGCGGGAAAGGUUCGUGCGCGCGGGUUUUGGCGCUUCAGCCCGCGGAAAAGGUUCGCGCGGGGGAAAAGCGGCCUAGCACAUGCUGGUUUUGCAAACGCCGCGGGGGAAAAGCGGCCUAGCACAUGCUGGUUUUGCGAACGCCGCGGCCGACGCUCGUUAUGAGAAGGCGCUCCCUUCAUACUCUGUCCAUCGCCCACUCGUCUCGCCCUCUCCUCACUAGCCUCGCCACCUCUGCGCCACCAUGUCGAUGCGCCGCCUGGGCACUUCGGAUUUUCGCGGAGUCCGCGAGCGCCCUCCGGCGCCUUCUCCUCCGAGAUCUGGUUUGAAAGAAACGCCUCAUCCUCGUCACCUUCGACACCGCAGAGAAGGCGGCCCGCGCGCACAACGCGGCGGCGUGGCGCCUCCUAAGGCCUCGUCGGGAUAUGAAUUUUCCCGACGUGUCGAGCCAGCGGGCGCAGGACCUCGCGCCUCUCCCGCGGCUUUUUACCGACAAGGAUCAUCGUGUCCAUCGGAGGCGGCAGCGUCGCCUCGCCAUCGCCGAGAUGGACAUGGAAGCCAUGGUGGUGUGGCGCGAACGCUCCCGCAGGACAUCGUCGAUGAGCGCCAGUUCUACAAGUAUAGGAGGACGGAGCGAGCCACCUCUCAGGAGGACAAGCGUGCGCGGAAGCAAGCCGCUCAAUUGAAACUGAAGCUACGAGAAACGUCGGGUUGGGACUUGGAAGACGAGCAGCAUGCUAACGCCUACAUUCAGACGUCGGAGGAGGACAUUACCGAGUCGAAGUCGGAAAGCCACGAGUAGUCGGUCUUUUCUUUUAUCUAUGUACGCUAGAACUAUCUAUGUAUCCUUUUUUUUAUCGAAAUAAUGGCCGGCGGCGUCAACGACGAAGCAGGCGGGCGAGGGUGUGAUGUUUGAUGUGGAAAGGCCAAUGUGUCACCGACCAGCGGGCUCGAAGAAGAAAGAGGGCGAGCGCGCGCGUCCGUCUUGUGUCCGCGCCGAUGCAAAUCCGGCUCAAAAAUAGGCCAGGAAUGGGUCGGCAGGCGGAUGAAAACGGACGCGUGUUCGUUAGGGUCGGCGUGUUGGGCCGAUCUUUUUGUCCGCGCCGACCCAAACGGAUGGCGGCGGACGAAAUGGUCGCCCCAUUGGAGAGUUGCUCUAAAAGGUUUUAUAUUACUCCCUCGGUAACUAAAUUUAAGGCCUCCUUUGGUUUAGAGGAAUCUUGUAGGAAUUUCAUAGGAUAGGAUUUCUAUAGGAAAAAUUCCUUUAGAGCCCUUUGGUUUGUAGGAAUGGAAUCCUAUUCCUGUGAAGGAAUUCUUCCUAUCCUCCACAUUUCAUAGGAAAAUAAACAUUAGUCUAGACUCAAUGGAAAAAAUCCUAUGAUGUGAAUCAUAUAACAUCUUCUUUUUUAUUCCUACUCAUAGGAUUUGAGAUACAUGUCAUCUCAUUUCCUAUGACUUUUCUAUUCCUAUAAUUUUUCUAUUCUAUGAACCAAAAGAAGCCUAAGACUUCUAUUUAGUUAGAUGUAGUACAUUCUUAUUCAGAGGUAGUAGUUCCUAGUGCUCCAGGAAGCCGUCCCUGUGGCGUCAUCCAUUUUCUUCAGAAAAAGGCAUGCUUUAUCUCGUCAUACAUUUUCUUCAGACAAAGGCAGGCUUUGAAGACAAGUUAAUGUCCAUUAUGUGACCAAGCAGAAGUGGGAGAUUCUUUUAGAUUUACAUUGACGGAGCUUCGUUGAGCUCAUUACAACACAUCUUCUAUAAUUAGAGUAUACACCUAGCCCGAAUCACUCACUACUACUGUACGUAGCUCACUCCCAAUUCUAGCUUAGGCUUUAUCCACACCU